UUUUCAGCUGUUUUCCGGUGACAGCAGCGGAAUGACAACAUCGACACUCACACGGCCCUUCUUCCAUUCAAGCCGACUUCAACUAAACACCGACCAGAAACAGGAAGCUGUCUGCCGUCGGACUUUGGUGGUCUGUGUUUGAGGAAUUUCUUCUAUAUGUGCCACUGGGAGCAGCAGCAGCAGCAGCAGCAGCAGCAGCAUGGCAGAUGACAAGGACGUGUUGAGAGACGUGUGGUUCGGCCGGAUCCCCACCUGCUUCACUCUGAACCAGGACGAGGUGACCGAGAGAGAGGCCGAGCCCUACUAUCUGCUGUUACCCAGAGUGAGCUACCUGACUCUGGUCACAGACAAGGUGAAGAAACACUUCCACAAAGUAAUGAGGGCCGAGGACGUGGAGGAGAUGUGGUUCGAGUAUCAAGGGACGCCGCUGAAAUGGCACAAUCCAAUUGGACUUCUAUUUGACUUCCACGCGUCCAACACCGUCUUACCCUGGAGCAUCACUGUGCACUUUAAGAAUUUUCCGGAUCGCGACCUCCUCCACUGCCCGUCCAACUCUGUGAUCGAGGCUCACUUUAUGUCCGGCAUCAAGGAGGCCGACGCCCUCAAGCACAAGAGCCAAGUCGUCAACGACAUGCAGAAGAAAGACCACAAACAACUGUGGAUGGGCCUGCAGAACGAUAAGUUCGACCAGUUCUGGGCCAUAAACAGGAAGCUGAUGGAAUAUCCCACCGAGGAGGGAGGCUUCAGAUACAUCCCCUUCAGGAUAUACCAGACGACGAGCGACAGGCCGUUCAUCCAGAAGCUGUUUCGCCCCGUUUCACCUGAAGGCAGCGUGCACACACUUUGUGACCUGCUGAAAGAGAUGUACCCAGUGGCUUUACCAACUGACGGUGAGCCGAAGCGCUACCAGGUGGUGAUCCACGGCAUCGAGCCGCUGCUGGAGACGCCUCUGCAGUGGCUCAGCGAACACCUCAGCCACCCCGACAACUUCCUGCACAUCUGCGUCCUCCCCGUCCCGUCUGACUGAGGCCCCGCCCACACGCCCCGCUGUCACCGUGAUGACCGACCGGCCCGGGUUAACUCCGGUGCUAAACGGCGAAAAAAAACUAAACUCUGAACUAACGGACUCUCUAAACGAGAAGGAUGAAGACGAACAAAGGAUGUGAGGGAGGUAUCUAACAAACCUCCCUUUUCCUAUUUAUAUUUGUACUCCUCCUAGCUUCACCUCCACUACUCCUCCUUUCCCCUCCGAAAACUACUUUAUAGGACGCAAGGAUGAACUCCCACGAGGAAAGAGGACGUCUCCUUCCUCCUCUCCGGUCAAACACCUCCAUGGGAGGAGAGGAGGCUUUCCCCGCAUCUUGUCACACAUCUCCCUCCUCGUCCGGUCCGAGAUAAAGACUGUCCCGUCGACAGGGAGACACGAUUGUUCGGGAUUUUUAGGGAGAGGCGUAUCCUGCUGAAGUUGCCUUAGUUACCACGUUCAUGCAUUUUCAUCGGCAUCCGGCAAAAAAAAAAAAAAUGUGACAUCACAGCCUGCAAACGUUUUACAGCGGAUUCUCUGUUGAUGAGGUGAGCCGGAGUAAGAAGCUGUUUGGUGCCACUGUUGAGAUGAGAUAUCUAAUUAGUUUUUAUGUUAUUAUUUGAUGUGGUACUGUUCCUGAAUUAACAUUAAUUAAACUGCAGCCAAUUUAGUUUACUUUCACUUUUCUUUCUAUCUCCACCUUCAGGAUGAAACUUAUCUUCAGAGUUGAAAUACGCUAAAAUGUUCCUUUAAUAGCUUAAAAAAAUGGAUGAAGUAAAGACGACAUGUUUGUUUUAAACUUGUUUUUGUUGUUUUCACGGUAUUUUGAGAGUGAACCAGCUAUUUUUAUGAGACUAAAACAAAAGGGGCGAGGGGGGGAAACCAAAUAAUAAUAAAGUCCACACAUGUCUUCAAUAGCAGGUGUUGAUUUCUCACCAUCAAAACAACACAGUUUAGCUGUUUUACUGUCUGUAUUUGUCAGGUUUGGCUCGAGCCUCUUUGUCUGCAGCCGAAGUUAAAAACGAGCAUCUGGUUUUGUUUUGUUUUAAGAACUCGGCUCAGAUAAUGAGACAGCGGGCGCGAUUAGCGUCAGCUCUCCAGGCUGUUGUUUGUCCAACGUUAUGCUUUCACCGUCGAAGUUCAGUUUGUGGACAGAAACAGAAACUGGCAAAAGCAUCGAUGACAUCGUAAUUAAUCAAUCAUUGUUGUGUUUUUGUUUUUUUUAUACAUCUGUUCAUACUGAAAUAAAAUGAGGCUCAAUGCAUCAACUGGCACUGUUAUCAAGAAUGAGUUCAAAUAAAAGUGAAUGGAUUUAA